AUGUGUAUUCCCAUAACUUACAUUUUCUACAGUACGGAUCGCCCGUUCGGUUUGCAAAAGAAGACUAUCACUAAGCUCUUGGCACUGUAUGCUGAAGUUUAUGCAUCAACAAUUUCAAUUCUAGCCGUUCAGUUUAUAUACAGAUAUUGGGCUAUUUUUCACACUUCCAACUUAAUAUAUUUCAAAGGAUUCCGAUUUUUCAUUUGGGUCUUUUACGCUGUAUAUUUUGGAAUACAGUAUGCGUUGGGAUUAUAUUAUUUUGAGAGAAUCGAUGGUUAUACUAGAAGAUAUUUAGAGGAAGAUAUGAUGAAAAAAUACGGUAUCGAUUUUUCUGAGAUCGCGGAACAAGCUCAAGUGGCUUAUAAUGAGGAUGGGUCCCUUCGAUGGUGGAAUAUUUCUUGUACUAUAAAUAUAACAGGGAUCGUAUUUUCCAAUACUCGAUUGCCACUCCAACUGUCACCUUAUUUUUUCCAAUUUCGCUUAUUAUCUAUUUGCCACUAUUCAAUAUGGAAAUUGAUGUACCAACUGGGGUUUUACUCUGCAUUCCCUCUCUAUCCAGCCAUGGAUGCAAUCAUUGUGAUGUAUGUCGUAAAGGACUACAGGAAGGCUAUCAAAAGUUCAUUCCAAAAGUGGCUCGAUAAGAUUUGUCAGUUUUUGAGAUCAGAUAAUUCUCUUAAUGCACCUACAAGCACUGGACAGCCUCUAGAAAUAUUGGGGCACAUUUUUCGGAUUCCUUUUGAUCUAUCUAACCAUGUUUGGGGUGACCAGGAGCUUUGGAAGCUACAAGAAUUUUUGAUACUUUUCCCCGCAGUUGGCGUAUUUUUUGCCACAGUCGAGGUAGUACUGUAUCCGAAUGUGUACUCUCAUAAUGCCGGCUACAUUUAUUAUAGUACGGCUCGCCCGUUCGGCUUGGAAAAAGAGUCAGUCACCAAGCUAAUGGCACUUUAUGCAGGAGUAUUUGCAUCAACGGUUUCAAUUCUAGCCAUUCAGUUUCUAUACAGAUACUGGGCUAUUUUUCACACUACCAACUUGAUUUAUUUCAAAGGACUCCGAUUUUUCAUUUGGGUCUUUUACGCUGUUUCUUCCGGAAUCCUGUAUGCUGUGGGAUUAUUUUAUUUUGAGAGAAUUGAUGAUUAUGCUAUAAAAUAUUUAGAGAAAGAUAUGAUUGAAAAGUACGGUGUUGAUUUUUCGGAGAUUGCUGGACAAGCUCAAGUGGCUUAUGAUGAGAAUGGGUCCCUCAGAUGGUGGAAUUUGUGUAAUACUAUAAAUAACACAGCAAUUCUUUUUUUCCAUUUCUCGGUGAUUACCUAUUGCACAAUUCGGAUGUGCAUCGAAAUGGAAGCUAAAAUACAACUCUUAUCAAGAUCGUUAAGAACACUGCACAGACAAUUUUUCAAAACUCUUGUUCUACAAAUUGUAACUCCAACGGUCACUCUAUUCUUCCCAAUUUCGGUCAUUAUUUAUUUGCCGUUGUUCGAUAUGGAAAUAGAUUUGCCAACUGGGGUCCUACUCUGUGCGUUUACUCUUUAUCCAGCCUUGGAUUCAACUAUAGUGAUGUUUGUGGUGAAAGACUACAGAAUGGCUAUCAAAAACUCAUUCCGAAAUUGGCUGGAUAAGAUUUAUCAAUUUUUGAGACCAGCCGACUCUCAUAAUUCAGCUGACCCUACAAGCACUGGACACAGCGGACAGCCUCUAGCAGUAUUGCGUUAUCCUCCUUUAUAA